AUGCAAAGGAUCAGAAGCGUGAAAGGUCAAUCGAGGAAGGCGCGUCCUGGAGCCGAAAGCAAGGUGCUACGAGUGGACACGAUGAACCAGGCAGUUGUGAGGAUGCAGUAUGCUGUGCGGGGUCUGGUGCCAACAACCGCUGAGGCCAUUCAGGAGGAGCUCAGGAAAGGAGCGCAUGGUCGGUCAUAUGACGAAGUCUUGUUCUGCAACAUAGGAAACCCUCAGUCAGUGGGGCAGAAGCCUCUCUCCUACUACCGGGAGGUGUUGGCCCUCGCCGACUGCCCAUGGCUGCUGGAGAAGGAGGAGACUCUGAAGUUGUUCAGCAAAGACGCGAUCGAUCGAGCGAGGCUCCUGACCUCGUACAUGGCGGGAGGGACAGGAGCCUACUCGCACAGUCAGGGGAUCCUACAGAUCCGACAGGCCGUGGCGGAGUUCAUCCAGGCACGCGAUGGAUACCCGUCGGACCCCAACGAUAUUUUCCUCACCAACGGAGCGUCCUCGGCAAUCCAGAUGGUGUUGACAGCUCUGAUAGCCUCGAGGAAGGAUGCAAUCCUCAUCCCCAUCCCCCAGUACCCCAUCUACAGCGCGCUGAUCUCCCUGCUUCGCGGCCAGCAGAUCGGAUACCAACUCGACGAAGAGGCGCAGUGGGGACUGGACAUGGAUGAGAUGAAGAAGCAGCUGGACGACGCAAGGCAGAAGGGUUUGAACCCGCGCGGUCUCGUUGUCAUCAACCCGGGAAACCCUGUCGGGAACGUGUUGAGCUACGAUGAUCUCAAGAGUUUGGUGCAGUUCUGCAAGAGAGAAGGGUUGAUGCUGCUAGCCGACGAGGUGUACCAGGAGAAUGUCUACGGUAGCAGGCCGUUCAUCUCCGUCAAGAAGGUGGUCAGGGAUCUUGGGCCCGACUACGACGACUUCGAGCUCGUCUCCUUCCACUCAACUUCCAAGGGGAUCACAGGUGAAUGCGGACGGCGGGGAGGGUACAUGGAGAUGUGCGGUGUUGACCCCGACGUUAUGGCACAUGUCUUGAAGCUUGCCUCCUCCCAGCUCUGCUCAAACCUCAACGGACAAAUCAUGGUCGACCUCUGCCUGCAUCCCCCCAAACCUGGCGAGCAUUCGUUCGCCUCUUGGAAGGAGGAGCGAGACAAGAUCUUUGAUGGGCUGAAGAGAAAGAGCAAGAUGGUGUAUGACUCCCUCAACGCCAUCGAAGGGGUUUCAUGUCAACCUCUUGAGGGAGCAAUGUAUGCUUUCCCAAAGAUUGAGUUGCCUCGGAAGGCCAUCGAAGCAGCAGAAGAGAAAGGUUACACCCCAGACACUUUUUACGCCCUUUCUCUUCUGGACUAUACUGGCAUCUGUGCUGUUCCAGGGAGUGGGUUCGGGCAGAAGGACGGGACAUAUCAUAUCAGGUUGACGUUUCUUCCGGACGAGGACAAGUUGGAGAAAGCGAUGAGCACCUUUGCUGAACAUCACAAGCACUUCAUGCAGCAAUACUCAUGAGUGCGAACAGCCUAUGACAGUCGACGGGCCUCUGCAGUGGCAAGGAUGGUUGGAAGAGUGAGGACAGGGUUGAUAUCCGAUGUUGGAACUAUCAUGCUCGACUCAAGGGUCAAUGAAAGAUGUAUUGGUUGUC